AUGCAGUGCAUGUCAAGCUUCUCUCUCAUAACAAUCUCUCUCAUCUGGUGGGCGCUCCUACCUCCCCCGUCGAGACUCCCUCUGCCGCCCGGCCCGACCCUACUAUCCGCAUCAUGGCCAGAGAACGACAUCGCCAAAACGUUCCACUCAUGGUGUAAAGCUUACGGACCGGUGGUGAGCGUUAAAAUAGGGACCCGGACCAUUAUUAUCCUGGGCACGCGACAAGCAGCACAUGACCUCCUAGAGAGACGGGGCAACAUCUACAGUUCCCGACCAUCGUCGAUCUUCAUGGACCGGUACUUGAACAAGGGCCUCAAUCCAGCAUUCAUGCCAUACGGGUCCACAUGGCGGUUGCAUCGCCGAUUAUACUCGACCCUGCUGAAUGUACGGGAGUCGUAUGCCUACCGCCGACUCCAGGACAUCGGAAGCACAGAGUUGCUCCACGAACUUCUCUCCACCAACGACUUUCCGCAGCUUUUCUACCGAUAUACGUCAAGCGUGAUGCUGAAACUUGUCUAUGGCAAAGGGGGGAAUAUCGAUGAUGCAGACCACCAUAGACUACAACAGAUCAACGACAUGGCCACAUUCAUCCUCCAAAAGGCCUCAUUCCGCACGAUCGUACUUUAUCUCUUCCCGCUGCUAGAUAAGCUACCGAUGGUGUUUAUGAAAUGGCGUCAACAGGCAGAGCAACUACACGACCUGACACGGCAGGUGUACGUCGAGUGCGGCAAUGCCGCGCUACAGGGUGACUGCUGGAAUUGGAUCCGGGAAAUACACGACCGACCGGAAUCCAAGGACUUGCCCUGGGAAGACGUAUGCUACUCUUUGGGAGAGCUAUAUGUCGCCGGCAUCUACACCACAAAAAUGGUCCUGGAGACCUUCGUAACAACCUGCACCGACCACGCAGAUGUGGUCCGCAAGGCCCAGGAUGAGCUUGACUCAGUAAUCGGCACGGAAAGGCUCCCAGCAUUCGACGACAUGGACCGCCUUCCGUACAUCUCGGCCUUCAUCUCGGAACUAGUGCGCUGGCGCCCAAUCUCCCCCAUAGGCGUUCCUCACGCCGUGAUUCAAGACGAUGAGUACAUGGGCUUCCACAUCCCUCGAGACGCCACCGUCAUCGCCAACCAGUGGGGAAUCAACAUGGAUGAAGCAGUGUUCGAUUCGCCUGAGAUCUUCAAUCCAGAGAGAUAUUUAGAAAACCCUGAACGCCAUCUAUCCGGGUUCGGGUUUGGUCGGAGAGCAUGUCCGGGAUACCAUCUCGCCAAAGCGAGCUUCUUCAUCGUGAUUUCUCGGAUUUUAUGGGCAUAUAACAUUGAUCGGAAGACACAGGCUGCAUCUGAACCGGCAGCAAGCACGAUUAUGUUUACUGUCCGCAGUCCUCAGCAUCAAGAGGUCAUCAAGAGGGAGCAAGAAAGGACACGUCGACAAGAUGCGAGGCAAAUAUUAGAAGAGGUGCGAUUGCAAAAUGUCAAGAAUUGA